AUGCCUAAAUCUAAACGAUCACAACGUAUAACAAUAUCGAAAUCAUCAAAAAAAUUGAAAGCAAAUCGUGGUCUUGAACUAAAACAAGAAUUAGUUAAAAAGAUUCGUUCACGCUUUGAUGAAUGUUCACAUUUAUUUGUUGUUCGUCUUUAUAAUGAACGUACGGAAAAAUUACAAACAGUUCGUGCACAUUUUCCACCGUCUGAAUCAUCUUUUUUUUUCUUUGGAAAAAAUCGUGUGAUGCAAUUGGCUUUAGGACGAACACCAGCAACAGAAUAUUUACCAUCAUUAGCAAAAAUAUCUCCAUAUCUUGUUGGAAAAGUUGGUUUAAUGCUAACAAAUCGAUCACCUCAAGAAGUUUUAGAAUAUUUUAAUAAAUUAGAAAUGCAAGAUUACGCAAGAGCAGGAAAUCAUGUUAAAGAAACUGUUGUGAUUGAUGAAGGACCAUUAGAUGGUUUUCAGCAUACAAUGGAACCUUUAUUACGGUCUUUAGGUUUAAUGACAACUUUGAAAAAAGGCAUUAUUCAUUUACUUCAACCAUAUACUAUUUGUUCAAAAGGUGAUGUUUUAACGCCUGAACAAGCAAAGUUAUUGAAGCUAUUUCAACGUCCAUUAGCACAAUUUAAAAUAAAAGUUAAAGCACAUUGGAAUAAAAAAAAUGAACAAGUCCAAGUGUUCGAUUUACAAGACGAAGAUGAUGAAGAUGCUGAUCAAGAAGCAGAAGAAAUGAUUGAACAAGAUGAUGAAAAUUAA